GCGCUAAGUUAGUUGUUAGCUGUAGUUGUUUUGCGGUAGCUGCCUUCUACAUAGACCUGUUUAGUGAGUUGUGAGAUAACUAUUUAGUUCAUGAGAAGAAGAUUUAGAUUUGUGCUGUUGUGGUGAUUCGAUACAAGUUACCAGUUACUUAGUUGAAACCUUCAUUCAGCCAUUCUCAAUUCUCGCAUGCAGAUUAAAUUUCACAGUUGUUUUAAGGUUAUCUCAAACUUUAUUUGUUUUUCAUUCAGUUUUAGAGAAAAGUAUGAGUAGAUUCACUAUAAAUACAGUUGACAAUUUAUUUUUUGGAAACAAUUUAUUAAAUUUUUGCUGAUAAAAGUAUUACGAUAUUAUUUUAAUACCUGCAAAGCAAUAAUGUUGACGAAACCAAUGGUUUUUAUAGGAAUAAAAUGGCUAAUAUUAAAAUUCUCAAACUAUUUAUGACAACUUUGAUAGUUGUAUGUGGUAUUUGUUCGUAUUUGUACCUGAGCUUAGUCGACAAAAGCGGUAAUUAUGCCGACGCUGCUGAUUUCAAUCCUAUGCUGGAGCAGAUGGUAUAUUUAGACCGCCAAGAACACUUGAAUAAGAUGUGCAGACUGUACCUGAAAAAUAACUCAUCCAAAAACACCAUCGAUGACCUGACUACAGAUGUGGAACUACUUGAACAUAUUAUUGUCGACUUGAAUCACAGGCUUCUUUACUGCUACGUGCCUAAGGUGGCUUGUACUAAUUGGAAACGAGUGUUGAUGAUCCUGACGGGCCUAGCCAACACAUCAGACGCCCUGUCCAUUCCGGCGCACUUGGCACAUAGACGAGGUAUGUUCUUGACGUUGAACAACUUCACAGUACCAGAAAUAAAGUACAUGCUUAGCACCUACCGAAAAUUUCUUUUCGUCAGGCAUCCCUUUGAGAGACUACUAUCCGCUUACAGGAAUAAAUUCGAUCAGAACCAUGUGAGGUCUAGCUACUUCCAGUCUCGUUUUGGCCGGUACAUCAUCAAAAACUAUCGAAUCAACGCGUCAAAAAUGUCACUGGAGAAAGGUGACGAUGUAACAUUCGUCGAGUUCGCCGCUUAUUUGACGGGACCUGAAAAUGUAACUUUCAACGAACACUGGAAACCGAUUUCGGAUCUGUGCAGACCGUGCUUGCUAAAAUAUGAUUUCAUAGGCAAGUACGAGACUCUCUACCCAGACUCUGAAUACCUGUUACAGUUGUCGGGAAUUCUUUCAUCAACUUUUCCACAUCUAACAAAACCGUCGACUACCUCUGCUCAACUUAGAAGCUAUUUCUCUAUGUUAUCACAAAAUGUAAUCACUCAGUUGUAUAAUAUUUAUUUUCUAGAUUUUAAAAUAUUUAAUUACGAUUUAGAAGGUAUUUUAGGUUUUGAAAUUGGAUAGUGACCAAGUUCUAGCUCUGACAUUUUUCAUAUAAUUUUACAAAUUUAUCCAAGUGAUAUUGAAUUUUCGUUAUAUUUUAUGAGGUACUAUAGAGUAUAUGUUUGAUUUCUAGCACUCUAAGGGCCGUUUGCACAGUGUAAGUUUAAGCUAAAGCUUAAACCAAAUCUGGAUUUUUUUUCCAAAGCAGGAGGUUUAAACCAAAUAAUUUGGAUUAACUUGACGUCUGUAAAGAUUUGAUGGGGAAACAGCUGAUAGUAAAUUAUUUUUCGACGUUUGUUUUUAAUGCUUCUGUAGACAAUAAUAAUUAUUUAGGUUAUAGUGAAUCAUUAUUUGAAUGUAAAAAUAAUUAUAAUGCAGGAAUUUUAGAAGUUUUUAAUGCGAUUGAUAAAGAUGACUAAAAAUAAAUUUUGCAACUGAGAAAAAUUGGGCAAAAACGAAUCAUUCAAAUUUCUAGGAUGAUAGAGAAUUUUUUCAACGGUUUUGUUUGAGUAAAGCAACUGCCAAUUUAUAUUAGGCUAUUUGAUUAAAUAAACCACUUGAUAGAAAA